AUGGUUCAGUGCUUUGCUCCUGACUGCAAUCACGCUUCAGAGAGCCAUACUUGCAGGUUUUUUGGAUUCCCAAGUAGUACAAAGAAAGUAGAAGAUUACAAGCGGUGGAUUAAACUCUUAAGACGAGCUGACAGAUUUCCAGGCAAGCAUUCACGAGUUUGUAGCUUCCACUUUCGAGACGGUAUCAAAGAAAACGGACCGGAGAUUUUUAAGAGAAACGCGACUUCUCUGUUUCUACCCGAUGAUUACUCAAAGGCAAAGAAAAGCAAGAAGGUAAAGACAUGCGAUUCAAACGAACAAGAAACAAUCGCAGAGAUGGUAGAGAACUAUAAGGAAAAAGAAAAUGAAUGCAACAAAAUUAAGGAAAGACCCUCUGUCACAGAGAUUGUUCUUCAAGCAGAACUAGAAAGUAAAUCACGRGWAUUAGAAAGCURCAAAAAGAGAGAGAAUUAUCAUCGAACUCAUUACAGUGUCUCUACCUUGAGCCCCGAGUGUGGCUACGAUUACCAAUAUUGA